AUGAUUCUCUACACCAAAAACUACUGGGGUCUGCCCCUGCUGUGGCGAAUCUACGGCUCCGCCUUCCCGCGCACCAUCCCCUUCGCCCUGAUCAGCGGCGUCAUCGCGCUGAUCCUGGAGUGGACGGUGGGCGAGGACAAGGACGGCCGGCCCAGCACGGCGCGGGAGUGGUGGCAGGACCCCUACCCCUACCAGACGUUCGCCUUCAUAGUGGGCUUCAUGCUCGUCUUCCGUAGCAACUUCGGAUACGGACGGUAUUGGGAGGGCCGGAGCACCCUGCAGGUGAUGUCCGCAAAGUGGAGCGACGUCGUCACGCAGGUGCUCAAUUUCGACAUGGGGACACUGCCUGCGGACCUGGACGACGAGGGCAAGAGGCGGGCCCGGCGCUUUGGCGACACGUUUGUGCACCUAAUAAGCCUGCUUCAUGCCGUGGCACUCCAAAGUUUGCGCAGGGACUGGGAGCUGUCCAACCUGCGGCCACACGAUCAAGGACAGCCAGAGCCACCCAUGGACCCCAGGUACAUCAAAGAUGCUGUCAAGAAGGGGUUAAAUUUCAUGUCAGUCAGUGACAUCACGCACCUGCGCUCUGGACUGACACAUGUGAGAACAUACAAUGCCAUCACCCCGCUUGGGGUGGUGGGGGGAAUCACAGAUGACGAAUUCGUGGGCAUGGGUAUUGAUGUGAAGGACAUGGGUGCCGAUGACCCUGGAGUGCUGUCCAGAGGUGCUCGGCUGUCCAAUGGUGCACAGGUGCCAGGGCCUGCAGAGCGUGUGCAGGUGGUCAUGUCAUGGGUGCACCAGAUUAUCCAGGAGCGCCAACGUGAGGGCGGCCUUGCCAUCGAGGGGCCCAUCCUGGCUCGUGCGUACCAAGUUCUGUCAGAGGGCAUGUUGGGCUAUGAGCAGUCCCGGAAGAUUAUGGACACGCCCUUCCCCUUCCCUUGGGUGCAAUUCGUCACUGUGUGCCUCCUUCUGUAUGCCCUGACAGUGCCCAUUGUCAUCUCCUCCUACAUCACUGAGGACUGGCUGGCCUUCAUGCUGACGAUCUUUGCAGUGAUGACGUAUUAUGCCCUUAAUGAGGUGGCCCGAGACCUAGAGGACCCCUACGUGUACGACCCCAACGACCUGCCCAUGGCCCGCCACCAGUAUGCUUUCAACGAGCGCAUCCUGUCGUUGUCGGGCACCAAGCGUCCAUUCAGCCCCACGGAGUUGGGCAUCGCGCGCCUGCGCACCAUCGUGAGGAGGGACCAGACAAACAACAGCAUGGUAGCACUUCCCACGUUUUCAGGGUUUGCACACGACACGGUGGGAUCUCCUCGGCCUCCGAUUAGCAUGAUCGGCGGCAAGGCGCCGCGCAUGGAUUUGCAGCUGUUUGCCACUGGGGGCGGCCCCGAUCUGGAUCAAGUUUUGUCUCUCCACGGGGCCCAUCAUUAG